GGUUCGCGUAGCAGAACUGCUCGUGCAACAAGCAAACAACCCAAGAGCCGGGAGAGUUGGUGACUGCGAGGCCGAGACAGGGGAUAGAUUGAGAGAGCCAGAGAGGUGGGCAGAUGGCGACACCGUCGUCGUCGCUUUGCUCCAGCUUCGCCUCCCUGCGGACCGCCUCCAUCGGCCACCCCCGCGGCAUCGCGUCAUCUACGCCCAGGAAGGCGUUCCAAGUGAGGGCAUCAGCUCGGGUUGACAAGUUCUCAAAGAGUGAUAUCAUUGUGUCCCCUUCGAUUCUGUCUGCAAACUUCGCCAAGCUUGGUGAUCAGGUAAAAGCCGUGGAGGUGGCAGGAUGUGACUGGAUUCAUGUCGAUGUCAUGGACGGGCGCUUUGUGCCAAAUAUCACAAUUGGACCUUUGGUUGUUGAUGCUCUGCGUCCUGUGACUGAUCUUCCAUUGGAUGUACAUCUGAUGAUUGUGGAACCUGAGCAGCGAGUCCCUGAUUUUAUCAAGGCAGGUGCUGAUAUUGUUAGUGUCCACUGUGAACAAACAUCGACCAUCCAUUUGCACAGAACAGUCAAUCAGAUUAAAAGUCUAGGAGCAAAGGCAGGAGUUGUUUUGAAUCCAGCGACUCCACUCAAUGCAAUUGAUUACAUUCUUGAUGUUGUUGACCUGGUGUUGAUUAUGUCUGUGAAUCCUGGGUUUGGUGGCCAGAGCUUUAUCGAGAGUCAAGUAAGGAAAAUUGCAGAAUUGAGAAGGUUAUGUGCAGAGAAGGGAGUGAACCCCUGGAUUGAGGUUGAUGGUGGUGUUGGUCCGAAAAAUGCCUACAAGGUUAUUGAAGCUGGGGCGAAUGCCAUCGUUGCUGGCUCUGCAGUUUUCGGGGCUCCAGACUACGCUGAAGGCAUGGUUUCUUCUCAGUGCCAUUCAUGCUCUAAAUUUGAAAUUCCAUACAGCUAUCAAAGGAAUCAAGACCAGCCAAAGGCCUGCAGCUGUACACGCAUAAGGAACUGGACGUGUGAUCGUGCUCUGUUCAGGUUUAGCAGUGUUGGGAUUCGUAUAGAUAGAUGUGUCUUGUUUUCGAGCCAUACGUUAUACUGGAGAUGAAAGGAGACGGAGGAAAUAUUUCUCUACGUGGGUGAAUCAAUCAUGUGGACGGUAAUCACAUGACGACAAAGCAUAUGGACGAGCGCUGGCUCACGAGACAGAGUAAUCAACGGGAGAGGCUUCUAGACAGCUCUGCAUGUCCAUUCCCUCUAUAAACAGGAGAGCAGUUCAGUCUCCAUUGUAAAGGCACCCAGAUAUAGAAGAAAGAAAUAAAGAGCUCUCUAUUUGUCUCUGUUUC